CUCCGGUGCGGUCCCCUCUUCCCCGCGCCCCACGCAUUAAGCGCGCGCGGCUGCUCCCCCACCACGCACCCGCUAGAUCCGCCACACACGAAACGCACCCGCCCGAACGCGUGGUUCAUAGUAGUAUAUCUAGACUACAGAUCACCAGCUCAUCGGUGCUUCCCAGGAAGGAAGCAAUGGCGGCGGCGGCGGCGGAGGUGAGCAACAAGAGGGUGGUCCUGAAGCGCCACGUGACGGGGUUCCCCACCGAGGACGACAUGGAGCUCGUCCCGGCGACGGCGCGCCUGGCCGUGCCGCCCGGGUCGGCCGCCGUGGUGCUCAAGAACCUCUACCUCUCCUGCGACCCCUACAUGCGCAGCCGGAUGUCCAGGCACGACGAGCCCAGCUACGUCCCGGACUUCGUCCAGGGGGAGGUUUUAACCGCUUUGGGCGUAAGCAAGGUGGUAGAAUCUGGGCAUCAGGAUUACAAACCAGGUGAUCUGGUGUGGGGGAUGACAGGAUGUGAAGAGUACACUUUGAUCACUAAUCUGGAGUCGCAUUUCAAGAUCAACCAUCCUGAAUUACCACUGUCGUACUACACAGGUGUUCUUGGCAUGCCUGGCUUUACUGCAUAUGCUGGAUUUUUCGAGGUGGCCAAGCCAAAAAAGGGCGACUAUGUCUUUGUCUCGGCAGCGUCAGGCGCCGUCGGACAGCUUGUUGGGCAGCUUGCCAAGAUCACAGGCUGCUAUGUGGUUGGCAGUGCCGGUUCUGAUGAGAAGGUCAACCUCCUAAAAACAAAGUUUGGAUUUGACAAUGCUUUCAACUACAAGAAGGAGCAGGACCUCACCGCCACUCUGAAGAGGUACUUCCCAGAGGGCAUCGACAUCUACUUCGAGAACGUGGGUGGCGCGAUGCUGGAUGCGGUGCUGCUCAACAUGAGGCUGCACGGUCGGGUGGCGGUGUGCGGGAUGAUCUCACAGUACAACCUGGAGCAGCCUGAGGGUGUGCGCAACCUUUUCUGCAUCGUCGCCAAGCGUAUCCGCAUGGAGGGGUUCAUGGUGACGGAGUACUACGGCAACUACAGAAAGUUUGAGGAGGAGAUGGCCGGUUACCUCAAGGAGGGGAAGAUCACUUACGUGGAAGACGUCGCCGAGGGGAUCGAGAGCUACCCGACGGCGCUGAUCGGGCUCUUCUACGGGCGCAACACCGGAAAGCAGCUGGUGGCUGUCGCACGGGACUGACGUCGCAUUCCAGGAGCCCUCCUGGAUCGAGAAGUACUGGUUUGUGUUCAGAGACCAGAAUUCAGAUAUAUAGAGAGGUACUUAAUCCGGUUUGCUGGAUUCUCCAUGCUUUGAGCCAGUGUUUGGAGAAAGUUGGAGAAAACAGGAUCCUACGUAGGUGAACCAGGAAGUUGGAAUGAACUACUGUAUAAUCUUUAGCAGUAUUUAAAAAGGGAAGUUGAUGCUGCUCA